AUGUCGGUCCUCGAAGAGCAGCACGAAUGGGGCGCCGUCCGCGUGCGCCAGACCUUCCUGGACUACUUCAAGGAGCGCGGCCAUUCAUUCGUCCCCUCCUCCUCUGUCGUCCCCCUCUCCGAUCCCACCCUCCUCUUCACCAAUGCGGGCAUGAACCAGUACAAGUCCAUCUUUCUCGGCACCGUCGACCCCUCCUCCGACUUUGCGACCCUCAAGCGCGCCACCAACUCCCAAAAGUGCAUUCGCGCGGGUGGAAAGCACAACGAUCUCGACGAUGUGGGCAAGGACAGCUACCACCACACCUUCUUUGAGAUGCUGGGCAAUUGGAGUUUUGGCGACUACUUCAAGAAGGAGGCCAUAGGCUUCACCUGGGAGCUCCUCACCAAGGUCUAUGGCAUUGACCCCCAGAGACUGUACGUCACGUACUUCGAGGGCGCGGAUGGCCUCGAGCCGGAUCUAGAGGCCAAGGACCUGUGGAAGAGCGUGGGCGUGCCCGAGGACCAUAUCUUGCCCGGCGACAUGAAGGACAACUUCUGGGAAAUGGGCGACCAAGGACCGUGUGGGCCUUGCUCAGAAGUCCACUACGAUCUGAGGGAACCGGAGGGUGGAAAGUACAGAAACGCUGCCGACUUGGUGAACCAGGACGACCCAGAGGUCAUUGAGAUUUGGAACAACGUCUUCAUACAGUACAACCGUGAGCCUGACAGGUCGCUGCGGCCACUACCGAACAAGCACAUCGACACGGGCAUGGGUUUCGAGCGACUAGUCUGUUUAUUGCAGAAGAAGAAAUCCAACUAUGACACCGAUGUCUUCACCCCACUGUUCAAGAGGAUACAAGAGAUUACAGGCGCACGGGAAUACAGGGGCAAGUUCGGCAAGGACGACCCAGACGGUAUCGAUACCGCAUACCGAGUCGUCGCGGAUCACGCCCGAAUGAUGAGCUUCGCCAUUGCCGAUGGCGGUGUACCCAACAACGUCGGUCGAGGCUACGUCGUACGUCGCGUGCUGCGAAGAGGCGCCCGUUAUGCGCGCAAGUACUUCGAGACGGAGAUUGGCGACUUCUUCUCAAAGAUCAUCCCUACGCUCGUCGAGCAAAUGGGUGAUAUGUUCCCGGAGAUCAAAAAGAAGCAGCAAGACAUCAUUGAGAUCCUCGACGAGGAAGAGAAGGCCUUCGCCAAGUCGCUAGAUCGUGGCGAGGUCAUAUUCGAGAAGUAUGCACAGAAGGCGAAGACAAAGGGGUCGAAUGAUCUGCCCGGAGGCGACGUUUGGCGGUUAUACGACACUUAUGGUUUCCCCGUUGACCUUACGAAACUCAUGGCUGAAGAGCGAGGUCUCAAUAUCAACGAUAAAGAGGUCGAGGAGGCCCGAGAGCGUGCUCGUGAGGCUAGCAAGGGCGACAAAAAAGCUACCGGUGUGGUCGUCAAGUUCGAUGUGCACGACCUCGGCGCGCUGGACAACAUGAGCGAUGUCCCCAAGACCGACGACUCUGCCAAGUUUGGUCGCGAGAAUAUCACAGCCGUGAUCAAGGCCAUCUAUCACAAUAAGAACUUCCUAAAGAGCACAAAGGAGGUACCAGAAGGCGAGCAAUUUGGGGUGCUACUUGACAAGACCAACUUCUAUGCCGAGCAAGGUGGCCAAGAGUACGACACUGGAAGACUUUUGGUCGAUGGCGAGGCUGAAAUCAGCAUCGAAAACGUCCAGGUUUAUGCUGGCUACGUUCUACACACCGGCUACAUCAAGUACGGCGAGUUGAAGGUUGGCAGUGAGGUCAUUGCAGAAUUCGAUGAGCUCCGGAGACAUCCAAUCCGCAACAACCACACCGGCACACACGUCCUCAACUACGCCCUCCGCGAAGUUCUCGGCAACGAAGUCGACCAGAAGGGUUCGCUCGUCGCCCCAGAGAAACUGCGUUUCGACUUCUCACACAAGGCUGGUCUUUCGGACGCCGAACUUGACAAGGUCGAGAAAAUCUCCUCCAAGUAUAUCAAGGACGACUCCAAGGUAUAUGCCAAGGAAGUGUCGCUUGCAACUGCGAAAGGAAUCAGGGGCGUGCGCGCCGUCUUCGGCGAGACAUAUCCUGAUCCUGUACGCGUUGUCUCUGUCGGUGUACCUGUCGAAGAUCUGUUGGCAGACCCCAGCAACGAGAAGUGGCAGAACGUCUCGGUUGAGUUCUGUGGCGGCACACACGUCCUCAAAACCAGCGAAAUCAAAGAGCUCGUCAUUCUUGAAGAGUCUGGUAUCGCCAAAGGUAUUCGCCGCAUCGUCGCUGUGACAGGCCAGGAAGCAUACGAUGUUCAACGUGUCGCCGCCGACUUUGCCGAAAACCUCGACAGAGUAAACAAACUGCCUUUUGGUGCACAAAAAGAAGCAGAGUCGAAGAAGAUACAAGUGGAGCUUAACAACCUAACCAUCUCGGCGCUGUCGAAGAGCAAGUUGAGGGAGCAGUUCGCGAAGAUCCAAAAAGGUAUCCUCGACGAGCAAAAGGCCGCCGCCAAAGCAGAUAACAAGCGCGUCCUCGACGAAGUCACAAAAUACUUCCAAGACGACAGCAAGAAAUUCAUGGUGCAGAAACUCGACUGGUCGAGCAACGUCAACAAGGCCAUCAGCGAGGCGAUCAAGACAGUCAGCGGGCCGAAGAGCGCGCUUAAGGAUCGGUCGCUGUAUCUAUUCUCUGCUUCGCCGGAAGAAGGCAAAGUGGUUCAUGGAUGUUAUGUCAGCGAGCCAUUCAAGAACGCCGGCGCCGACGGACCCAAAUGGGCUUCUGCCGUGACUCCUAUUAUCGGUGGCAAAGCAGGAGGCAAGCCUGGUGCGCCGACUGCGAUUGGACAGGGUACAAACGCUGACAAGAUUGAUGAGGGUGUCGAGGAGGCGAGGAAGUGGAUUGAAAGCAUCAAGCUCUAG